GAGUGUGACUGUAUGUGACUUGCAUUGUGCAUAAACAAUUCAAAUUUUUUUUGGUCUUCUUGCUAUCUCUUUCUAUUUAAAGCAAUUAUACUUGUCAUGUUUGAGGAAGAUACAAACGAUUUAUUUGACGUAUUCAACGGCGAAACUACGCAAGACAAUUUCGACGAUAUUGCUGACGAGGAAAUUGAAGAUGCAGUUAGUGAAGAUGAAGAAACACCUACAACCACCGCCACUACCAACACAAAGCGUGCUGGCUCAGAAGAAGUAGUAACCAAAGAAGCCAAGAAACAAAGAGUAGACCCAGAAGAAUCAGCACCAUUAGUAGCCGAUAGUUUCGAACAAGAAACAUCCAGACAAGUAGCUAAUAUUGCUGGUCUUCAAGCACAAGCAGCCGCUGAAGAAGGUGAAAAACUUGUCUUGAGUCACGCUGUGCGUCACCAAGUGGCUGUUCCACCCAACUAUCCUUAUGUACCUAUUUCACAACACAAAGCACCUGCUGACCCAGCUCGUGAAUACCCAUUCACUUUGGAUCCUUUCCAACGUGUUGCUGUGUCUUCGAUUGAACGCAAUGAAUCUGUCUUGGUCGCUGCGCAUACUUCAGCUGGUAAGACAGUCGUUGCUGAAUAUGCUAUUGCACAAUGUCUCAAGAACAAACAACGUGUGAUCUACACGUCUCCCAUCAAGGCUUUAUCGAACCAAAAGUAUCGAGAAUUUACAGAAGAAUUUGGUGAUGUGGGUUUGAUGACAGGUGAUGUGACCAUCAACCCUCAAGCUUCAUGUCUUGUCAUGACAACUGAAAUUCUUCGAAGUAUGCUGUAUCGAGGUUCUGAAAUUAUUCGUGAAGUUGCCUGGGUUGUGUAUGAUGAAAUUCACUACAUGCGUGAUUCAGAGCGUGGUGUUGUAUGGGAAGAAUCGAUUAUUUUGUUACCUGAUGCAGUACGUUAUGUGUUCUUGUCAGCUACCAUUCCAAAUGCGAUGGAAUUUGCAGAAUGGAUCUGUAAGAUUCAUGAACAACCUUGUCAUAUUGUCUAUACUGAUUUCCGUCCAACACCUCUUCAACACUAUUUGUUCCCUGCUGGUGGUGAUGGUAUUCAUUUGGUUGUAGAUGAAAAGAGUCGAUUCAGAGAAGACAACUUUCAAAGAGCCAUCGCAGCCUUAAAUGAUGGCAAAGGAGAUGACCCAAGCAGUGGACAAAGUCGCGGUAAAAAGAGAGGACAGACCAACAAAGGUGGAAGAAAUGAUGGUCCUUCAGAUAUUUAUCGUAUUAUCAAGAUGGUCAUGAUGAAGAACUACCAUCCUGUCAUUGUAUUCUCAUUUUCAAAAAAAGAAUGUGAAGCCAAUGCACUUCAGAUGUCUAAGCUUGACUUUAAUGAUGAAAGUGAACGCGACAUGGUCUCUCAAGUAUUUACAAAUGCUAUUUCUUCGCUUAAUGAAGAUGAUCGUCAAUUAUCGCAAAUUCAACAAUUACUGCCAUUACUUCGUCGUGGUAUUGGUGUUCACCAUGGUGGUCUUUUGCCUAUCAUGAAAGAAACGAUUGAAGUCCUUUUCCAAGAAGGUUUGCUUAAGGUUUUGUUUGCUACAGAAACAUUCUCUAUUGGUCUUAACAUGCCUGCCAAGACAGUUGUGUUCACAAGUGUACGUAAAUUUGACGGUAAAGGAUUACGUUGGGUUUCUUCAGGUGAAUAUAUCCAAAUGUCAGGUCGUGCUGGUCGUCGUGGUCUUGAUGAGCGUGGUGUGGUUAUCAUGAUGAUUGAUGAAAAGAUGGAGCCUGCUGUAGCCAAAGGCAUGGUCAAGGGUGAAUCUGACCGUAUGAAUUCUGCUUUCCAUUUGAGUUAUAACAUGAUUCUGAACUUACUUCGCGUGGAAGGUGUUAGUCCUGAAUACAUGUUGGAAAAGUGUUUCUUUACUUUCCAGAAUGAUGCCAAUAUUCCUCAAUACGAAAAGGAAAUGAGUCUGUUGGAGCAAGAAAGAAAGGCGAUUGUGAUUGAUCGUGAAGAAGACAUUGCUUCCUAUUAUGAAAUUCGCAAGCAAAUCGAGACUUAUACACAAGACGUAAGAGAUGUCAUGAACCACCCUACCUAUGCUCUGCCUUUCUUGCAACCAGGCCGUUUGGCUCGUAUCAAGUACAACGAUCUAGACUUUGGUUGGGGUGUUGUGAUUACUUACAGCAAAGUGAAAUCCAAGUCUAAAAAAGAAGAAGAACCAGAAUACAUUUUGGAUGUCUUGUUGUAUUGCUCAAAUGAUAGUUCUGCCUCAAAAGAUGCUGCUGGUCAUACUGUGGGCAUUAAACCUGCACCCAAAGAUAACCAAGGUACUUUAAUGGCUAUUCCUGUCUCUUUAAAUGCCAUUGAAUGCAUGAGUCAUAUCCGUCUUAAUUUGCCCAAGAAUCUCCGCAACAAAGACUCAUUGACCGCUAUUUACAAAUCCAUCUUGGAAAUCAAGAAGCGUUUCCCUGACAAUAUUCCCUUGUUGGAUCCUGUCACGAAUAUGGGCAUUAAGGAUCCCUCGUUUAAAAAGCUGGUGGCCAAGAUUGUCGUGUUGGAAGAGACCCUAAAGAAUCAUCCUUUGUCUCAAUCAGAAGAAUUGCCUGCUUUGUAUGAUAGAUAUAUGGAAAAGAUCAACGUGAUCAACAAGAUCAAGGCACUGAAAAGAAAAGUAACAGAUGCUCAAUCAAUUGUACAAUUAGAAGAGCUCAAGAACAGAAAGAGAGUGAUGCGAAGACUUGGAUUCACUACUUCUGCUGAUGUGGUUGAAAUGAAGGGUCGUGUUGCUUGUGAAAUCAGCACAGGUGAUGAACUUUUGUUGACUGAAAUGAUUUUCCAAGGUGUCUUUAAUGAUCUCAGUGUGGAUCAAGCAGUGGCUCUUUUGAGUUGCUUCGUGUUUGAUGAAAAAGUAGAUGUUAAAGCCAAACUUCAAGAAGAAUUAUCAGCUCCUUUACGUCUUAUGCAAGAAACAGCACGCCGAAUCGCUAAAGUAUCAAAUGAAUGUAAAAUGAACUUGGAAGAACAAGCCUAUCUCGAAAAAUUCAAGCCUGAAUUAAUGGAUGUGGUGUUUGCUUGGUGUCAAGGUGCCAAAUUCCAUCAGAUCUGUAAAAUGACAGAUGUCUAUGAAGGUUCCCUUAUUCGUAUCUUUAGACGUCUUGAAGAACUAUUGAGACAAAUGUGUGCUGCUGCUAAAAGUAUUGGUAACUCUGAAUUAGAAAACAAGUUUUCUGAAGGUAUCAAUCGCAUUCACAGAGACAUUAUCUUUGCUGCUUCUCUUUAUUUGUAA